CGUGGAGUCGCUGCGCACGCAUUUUUGUAACCCGGGCCGCUUCUUCGAGUCUGGCGGUGGCGGGAAAAGAGGGCGGCGAUGGAGGCUGUGCUGGCCGAUCUCCAGGUCUUCGGACUGGAACUGGAGGAGGGCGAAGAGGAGGCCGCCGUGACCGAGAAGCUGGUGGAACUCUGCACGCUGCACAGGCUCACAGAGACGGACCUGGGAGAUGAGCUGGUGGCCUUUGCUUCAAAGAAGGAUGGCUUCCUCCUUUCGAUCGACUCCUUGAACGUCUUCGAACAUGAAGUGCUUAUUAAGAGAGUCGUGAAAUCUCUCCCGAGGAAAGAGAGCCGCCAUCCGGCCGUCCGAGACAUCCACACCAUUCAAGAACUCCUGGAUGUUGACGAGGAUGAAGAAGAUCUCCUUGAUACCUAUGCGUCCCCAUCCAAAAGUGCUCCGAAGCGGGCUAUGACGACGCCGGAGAACCCACGCCCCAAGCGGACUCGGAGCCCCCACCUCCUGUUUUCUCCCAACAGCUUCUCGCCCAGUGCUACCCCUUCCCGGAAGUACAGCUCCCGAAUCGGACGCGGGGAAGUGGUGGUCUCCUUUGGUUCGGCGCUGGGCACCUCCUGGGUGGGCAAUGGUGGUGUGGCCACCACUGUGCGGCCGUUCGGCUCUGCCGAAGGUUCUCUCGCGAAGCCCUACAAGUUCAUGUUUCAAGACCUCAUGGAGAGCCGGGAAGUGCUGUCUUUCAAGAUUGAAGAGCUUGGCAAAGCGCUGCAGGAGCACUACAAAAUAGAAGAAUUCUCCUCUCUGCUCAUCCCUGCGCAGGAGCCGGUGGUGGUUCUGGGCCAGAUUGGCUGUGACUCCAAUGGGAAACUGAAUGCCAAAUCCAUCAUCUUGGAAGGAGAUCAAGAGCACUCCUCGGGAGGGCAGGUUCCCGUGGAUGUAUCGGAGCUUCCGGAAUAUUCCCUCUUUCCCGGACAGGUUGUGGCCAUGGAAGGGAUGAACAGUACUGGUGGACGGCUGGUGGCAUCCAAGCUCUACGAGGGGGUUCCACUUCCUUUCCAUAAGUCUGCCGAUCAAGCUGAAGACGCGGAGAUGCAGAUGGUCUUGGUGGCCUGCGGCCCGUACACCACCUCCGACAGCAUCACCUACGACCCCAUGCUGGACCUGAUCGAAGUGAUCAAGAAGGACAAACCGGACGUUUGCAUUUUGCUGGGCCCCUUCCUUGAUGCGAAACACCAGCAAGUCGAGAAGUCCCAGCUCACGGCCCCCUUUGAAGAGGUCUUCAAGCACUGUGUGAAGAUGAUCAUUGAAGGGACGAGGAGUGCUGGAUCACGUCUCGUCAUCGUUCCUUCUCUGCGCGACGUCCACCACGACUGCAUCUAUCCUCAGCCGCCUUUCAGCUCCUACGAGCUGUCCAAAGAGGACAAGCAGAGGGUGAUGUUUGUCUCCGACCCCUGCACCCUGGAUGUCAAUGGUGUGGUUUUUGGCCUGACCUCUGUAGAUCUCCUCUUUCAUAUGGGUGCUGAAGAAAUUAGCAGUUCUUCCGGCGUCCUGGAUCGGUUUUCCCGGAUUCUCAAGCAUGUUCUGACUCAGCGGAGCUACUAUCCGCUCUACCCUCCUGCGGAAGAGAUGAACGUCGACUAUGAACAUUUCGAGCGGUUUGCGCCUCUGCCCGUCACGCCAGAUGUCUUGAUCACGCCGUCGGAACUGCGCUACUUCGUGAAGGACGUCCUUGGGUGCAUCUGCGUGAAUCCAGGCCGUCUAACGAAAGGCCAGGUGGGGGGCACCUAUGGCCGCUUGUGUGUCCAGCGACAGGUCUCCGAGGAGACCCGGAAGAGUCCUUGCAUCGCGGCCCAGGUCGUCAGAAUCUGAAGCGGGCCUCGGCCCAUAACCGGGACCUGCCAGGAGAAGCUGGACCCAGACCCAGUUGGGGGGUGGGGGUGGAAGCAGCGCCUGCCCCUUCUCCAGCGUCUCCCGCCCUCUCUCAGGGCUGCAACUGUCUGGAAUGUUGCCUUCUGCCUUUGAGCAGACCCAUGGAGCAGAUCUGUUUCCCUUUGGGUGCGGGGGAGCACUAAACUUGUUGGGGCGAAUGUCCUGUUGACACACCUUUUGUACGCCGAUUAAAACGAAGCCUGUA